UGUGCAGCGCCGUACAAAUAAGACAGCAUUUACAUUGAGUGGAAAGCACGUGGAAGCGUCGUUAAUUGGCGCGUAAUUACGCAGCGCGGGCCGGUGACGCUCGUUUGGGAUUCCACCCCUAUAGUGCUACUAUGUGUGUGUGUGUUUUGGGCGUGGCUUCUCUGUGAAAUUGAGUUUUUCCCUCUAUCUUUCUUGCGUUUCUCUCUUCACUUCAAAACUGCUGUAGGGGGGGGAAGUAGUGUUACAGUCUACCUGCGCUACAGAUCCACAGAUGCCGCUUAAAGGCUCCACAGAUAGGUCGCUGUUGAUGUGAAAACAUCCAGAGACGAUGUACAGGUUCAUUAAGAUGCCUGGUUCUGCUGCUCAUACUUGUGGAAUAUUCUUGGAUUACAGCAGAACGACUUUACUCCUCUGGGACUAGAAGCUGUGUUGUGGGUGACCGUCUUCUCUGUGAACAGCCUGCAGGUUUUAGUCCUUUAACACACUUUGCUGAGAUGAAUGAGUUCUACAUCGCGAUUGAAGUAGUAAUUGCUCUUCUCUCCAUAUCCGGCAACAUACUGGUUUGCUGGGCUGUCGCGAUCAACACCACUUUAAAAAACGCCACCAACUAUUUUCUGGUGUCUCUGGCUGUGGCUGACAUUCUGGUCGGUUGCCUCGCCAUCCCGUUUGCCAUAACCAUCAGCAUCGGCAUAGAUCUGGACUUUUAUGGAUGCCUUUUUCUGGCAUGUUUUGUCUUGGUACUGACACAAAGCUCCAUCUUCAGCCUUCUUGCUAUUGCUAUCGAUAGAUAUCUGGCCGUCAAAAUUCCUCUGAGGUACAAGGAGUUGAUGACGGGAAAGACCGCCAGAGAGAUAAUUGCUAUUUUAUGGAUCCUCUCCUUUGUCAUUGGCCUCAUCCCCUUCUUUGGCUGGAACUUAAAGUACACCAGCUGCAAAAACAGCAGCUCUGCGGAGAACAACACUUUAAACCCUGGCCUCAUGGAGGGGCUGAGGGGCGGAGGAGACUUGCUACGGAGCUGCAAGCUCAAGUGCUUCUUUGAGAGUGUGGUAGACAUGCACUACAUGGUCUACUUUAAUUUCUUUGUGUGCGUGCUGCUGCCGCUGCUCAUCAUGCUGGGCAUCUACAUGAAGAUCUUCACUGUGGCCAGGAAACAGCUGAGACAGAUCGAGCUCAAAUGCGUGGGCAACGGGGACAGCCAUAACCACGGGCUGCUGCAGAAGGAGAUCCGGGCCGCCAAAUCCCUCUCCAUCAUAGUGGGACUGUUCGCCAUCUGCUGGCUGCCUGUCCACAUCCUCAACUGCCUCACGCUGUUUUACAGGGAGCUGGAUAAGCCGGCGGUUGUCAUGUAUGUGGCCAUAAUUCUGUCUCAUGCCAACUCCGCGGUCAACCCCAUCAUCUACGCUUACCGCAUCCAGGACUUCAGGAACACCUUCCGCAAGAUCCUGGCCCAACACGUCCUGUGCCGCAAGGAGGAGCUGUACCGUAGCUCCAACGGCAGUAGACGCAACAGAGACCAGAUCCACAUGACCGUCGACCCUCUGCUAUAGAGAGAGUCGUGACAGAGGCGGAGUAUUAUUUCUGUCAACUCUGUUGUUUCAGUCUUGAAUUUUAUUUCACUGAGGUUAAUAAUGUUUACAGAACAAGGGUGUGAUAUGUGAAGACGGACUGACGUCGAAUACGCCUUGAAUGUGGACAUUUAUUUAUGAAUUGUGCCAGAGUAUCAGGGGUCAAGCAGUGAAAUGUUGAAUGACGGGUCUUACAGAACUUUUGUAUUGUGAAGGAAUUGUGAUUUUAAAAAAACAUGUUGAAGCUAACUGGAUUUGUAGGACUGUGAACAGGAUCCAAACUUUGCUACAUUCUAAAAUGACAUUUAUCAUUCUGAAGCCAACCGGAUUGUCAACACUCAGUGCCAGUCUUUAUUAAUUUAUUUAUUACAGGACCUUUUCGUUGAGAAUGUAAAAAUCAAAAAGCUUUGUGUGGCUAGAUUUCUAUUAAUGGACCUAUGGAGGUACAAGAGUAGUAGUCUACAUCUGUGGUUAUCUUUGGCUCGUGACCUUAAAAAUGAAUUCCUACUCAUAACCUUCACAGGCUCAACCUACAGAAAGAAUUUCCUUUUGUCAGUACAAUACUUUUGUAUGGCAGAAAUGUUCUUGAGCUGCUGCUUCAACUAAGUGCCAGUGUUUGCAUGUUCCUCUUGCUGCAGUGGUGACUCCUCCAAAAACAUCUGUGUACAGGGACACAGCAGUUCACAGACAGGGACUCUCGUAGAACUAAAUUAUAAGAAAAGGGGUAAAAUGCAAGAAAAACAAGAAAAGAUAAAUGCGUUUUCUAAACCAUGAAUCAGCUUUCAUAGCCACAGGGGUCAUUAUCCUGACCCCUGUGGCUAAUGUGUUUUUGUAGCUACUAGAUGAACAGUGUGAUUUCACUCAGUCACGCAGACCCACACAGAAGAAAUACUUUAGCAAAAUGGUGGUGCUUCAUAUCAUUUCCAUAUUAACAAGACAAAAGCUCAGGAAGUGGGAAACCGGUUGUACCCUUUUAUAGAAAUAUGGCAUCUGCACAGAGCAUUUUCAGCUGCCUUGUUUUUAGCCAGAAGACGUUCUAUAAGUAGACAAGCCAAUGUCAAAUUUGAUGCAAAUCAAUGCAAUUUACAUUAUUAUUAAUCAUCAAGCGUCUGGUACACAUGUAUUUAGUGGCUUGUAUAACAUAAAGCAUCACUACUUUGAUUCAGUUGGGUGUAUGAGAAUAUCAGUGUCCAGCUGAUUACCCAUCUCCCCUCAGACACAGUCUCAGCUGGGAUCCUGAGGCUCUCAUCUGCCCAGUUAGGACAGUCAGUCCUCCACAAGCUGCUGAAGUACUGACUGAACUGAGAUGAGCGGUUUAAUUUGAGGAAACAAUACAGUUUUAAGGAUGAAAUCUCUUUUAAAAAUUUUAAUAAAUUGUUGCACUGACUACUAGUGAGCCAACGCUCCUUACUCUUGCGUGCAAAUAUAUGCGAUUAAUAGACAUCCCAGUCCCCCUCCCCCAAAAAACAGCAAAAGCAGGUAACUCUAAUGAAAUGUUCCCGGAGAGGCAAAAUCUUUGCACUUGAUGGUGCUCGUAUGCAGCAUUAUAGUUUGGCAGUGCUGCUUUCCACAGAGUCAAGCCUUAAAGCACCUGAUGCUUGAUGCACCUCAUGAGGGGUGUGGUGGUUAGCACUGUUGUGCAAGUUCCUGCUGAGCUUAAUAAACUGAAGGAGCGAGAGCUGAUGAAUCACAAAAAAGGGUAUUUUAAGGUGAAUUUAAUCAGAGCAAAGCAGAGUUCGGUUUGGAGUGUCACCCGCGAGCUAUCAGUAAACACAUUGCACUGACAUUUCAGAUCAUUUCCCGUAUGGUGUGCUUCGUUGGUGGUGUUGAACCAUGUUGUAUUGGUGUUUAGCAAGUGUUUCUAAGUUGAGCACUCGCCUCCACUGCUUCACUAUCUCCCUCGUUUGCCGUUGUGUCUAGUGUGCCACCUUCAAGGGCUAAAAUCCAGGAGUGUGCGAAAGUUUUAGUACAUUCCAAUGGAGACAUCUAUACUGUAACUGCACUGUAACGUUGUAUUAUCUUUGUUGACUGUAAAAAUAAGUACUGUAGUUGUCCGGCUUUCUACAAGCUAUUGAUUGAUGUCAAACUAUUGCCUUCAUUUGCGAUUUAAAGGUAAGACGGACAAUAAGUUGAUCUAGUUCAACAUUCCUGCCUUUCAUUCCGAAGUACCAAUCUGUCAGUGUGCUAUAGUGUUGUUACUAAUCAGGAAAAACAUCCACUGUGGUCCAGCUGAUGUUCAACCUUUCCAGAGGCUAUAUGUUCUUUCAUUAAACAAAACUACACCUGCAAACUGAUAACUGCUAUUUAACAUGAUGCAAACUGUAUGUAUGGUGAAUUAUUUUGUUAAUAAAGGCAAUGUUUAUAUUGUUA